AUGAUGUUUGCCGAGAUUUUAUUUGGAGUUUUCAUCCAAGAGUUCUACUGUAUGGAAAGUGUUCAGAACAACCAGGCAACUUUGCUCCAGCCAGUCUCGGGUAUCUCCGGCUCAAAAAUCAAAGCGAUCGUUGUGGGCACGGCUUGCGGCUUUGGCUACUGGAGUGAGAAAUUAUGUAACUAUGAGUUCUCGUCGGUUCGCCAAGACGGUCAAGGUUCCCCAUUCCUUGUUCACAUCCCCGCCGUUUCCCAAUUCACCAAUCAGAGCUACAUUCAAGUAUGGCAGAGU